UAAUUUUAUCAAAGCCAUCGCAGAUAAAUGUCCUUUUGAAAAAUUAAAAAAGAAUAAGAUUGACGACACUACAUCACUACAUCCAGAGAGCAGAUCAACGCUAUGGCGAAAAGGGAUAAUUGGAGAUUGGGAAAACUGGUUUACAGUCGAACAAAAUGAACUAUUCGAAAAACUGUAUCAGCAGGAAAUGAAAGGAUAUGAUAUAUUGUAUACAACUCACCAACAGUUUAAAUGCUGUUGUUUUCUGCAUGCAUGACAUAAAAAUAAUCAUAUUUAAAACCUAUUAACUAUUCAUAUUGUCCUGGUGCUAUUCUUGAUGCAUUUUCGAAGACUAAUCUGCUUCUGGUUUUGUACGUUCGACCGUGUCAUUUUAAAAAUAACGGAUACCAUUAAACUGAUAAUAAGAUGUGCAUUCCCUAAGGUUAUCGAAAUCACAUGCUUAUUACGUGACAAUUUUGUGUUUACAUAUUUGUUGCUAAAUUUAAUCUUGUAUCACAUAUAUAAUGGCGGAGGUUGAGAAAAGGAUAGGAGGGCCAUUUUUUCCAUUCAUUGAUUAUAAAAGUAUUACACUACCGCCUAUGCCACCCAUAGUAAAGGAUGUACAUCAUUUUAUGGACUCACUUCGAAAUUUCAGUUCACGUGAAACCGAUGUUAUUCUUUGUUCGCCAAUGAAAUCAGGUACACACUGGGUACAUGAACUAGUGUCCAUGCUUUUACAUCGGACGACUGAAUAUAACAGCCAUGGUGAACUGAAUGAUUGUAACUUUGAAUGUCAAACUGACUGGGAACGACUGGAGAAAAUGAACAGUCCAAGAUUCUUCCACACACAUUUGCCAAUGGAGUAUCUGCCAAGGAAGCACGUGGAAAACAAAUACAAAAUUAUAUAUCUGAACAGAAACCCAAAAGACAGAGCUGUGUCCCAAUAUUUAUUUUUACAAGGAAAGACAGGAGUACCUCGAAUGACAUGGAAUGAGUUUUUUGAAAAAUACGUUGUCGUUGAUACUAUAUACGGUGGAUGGUUUACCUUUACUAAAGAAUUUGAGAAAGCAAUAGCUGAAAACAGAGAAAAUAUAUUACCAGUCACUUUCGAAAAUCUAAAGAUUGCAACCAUUCCAACUCUUUUAGAAAUUGCAUCGUUUCUUGGUAUUUCAGUUGACGACAAUUUUAUCAAAGACAUUGCAGAUAAAUGUGCUUUUGAAAAUAUAAAAAAGAAUAAGAUUGACACUACAGUAUCUAUACAUCCGGAGGGCCGAUCAACACUAUGGCGAAAAGGAAUAAUUGGAGACUGGGAAAACUGGUUCACAGUGGAACAACAUGAAAUGUUCGAAAAACUGUAUCAGCGCGAAAUGGAGGGAUAUGAUGUAAACUUCGUAUACAAUUCACCAAAAGUUUGAAUGCCGUUUGAACGAUUUUUUUAUUCAGCUUCUCAUUGUGGAGAUAAAAUUGCUCCUUCUAUUUCUUUGCUUGCCUUAUCAAUGCUUUGGAAGCUAUGUAAUCAUUUAAUAUAGUGAUUUUCUUACAAUACAAAUUGUAAACGAUAAGCAAAAUAUGUUCAAGAGAGGCUAAAGAAAACAUUGUUAUUUACGCUAUGCUCCGAUAUCACAGUUUUCAUUUGAAGGUAUUUAUAGAAUGGCAAAUGCUGAAAAUGUAUUUAGUGACG